AUGUCUUUCCUUCAUGGUGUUCUUAGUGGAGUGAAGGAUGAUGAUAACGUUAUAACAUACAAUAAUUACAUUAAAUUAAAUAGUCAAGAUGAUUUACAUACUGUCCUUCAACAUCUCCAAUCUUCAAUUGGCUCCGGGCGUGUUGGCCUUUCGGCCUCUGUCACCAAGGUGAGGGAGUGGUUGGGGAAAUAUAAUGAGGAAGUUGGCAAGAAGACAAAAGCAGUGACUGGAGGAUUAUCUACGCUUAUAGGUAAGUUGAGUGUUCAAUCUCAAUCUGUUUCAGGUGAUUACUACAAGGAAGUUGCGGGACGAUCGGGACUGGAGCUGCAGGAGCAGCUGAGGAAGUGGAAGGAGACACUCCACGACAUAGACACGCACUUUAAUAAUGACAUAACCACUAAUGUUAAUAUGUUAGAUAGUACAUUACGUGAUAAGAUUAAAAACGAAACAAGGCCGAUUAAGGCCGCUGUCAGAAUGCUGCAGGAAGCUACGGUGGAAAAGGGGUUUGUGGCGCAGGUGAAAGCUGUGGACAUGGAUUUAAUAGCGCAGAGAGACCGGGUUAUUAGUAACAUCACAGAUGAAUGUUCUGCGCUGCAAGCGCGGUUGGAAAAGGCGUUUUGGCAAUUAUUCAGGGACGUUGAUACCAUGUAUAAAGCAAAAAAUGAUAACAUCAGUUUCGUAAGAAAGGCCAUCCAAGACGCAAAAAAGAAUGUUGAAAAAUAUUAUAAAAGCUUUGAUGAGGAGUAUAAAAAUAAAAUAUUAGGGAUGUUUGAUGAGUUAAAGCUUAAAAUGGCCCAAAUAAAUGCUACAAAUAGGCAUGUUGGAGGCGAUGAAAAUGAAUCGAUGCUAAAAAAGCAAGUCAACCAAAUUAAAACAGAACUCUUGGCUGUUGGUACGCAACUUGACCAACAUGUAUCCAAUUUGGAACGUAGGACCCGAGAGGCAGAGUGGAUUAAGGGGGAGGCGGUGAAAAAGGCGCAGGGUGUUUAUAAUGAACUGAUGAAGGAGGCUGGUGACAAGGAGUCUAUUCGUGGGAAGCUUGAUGGAAUUGACAAAGCUCAGAGUGCAAUUGAAAAUCUUAAUGAUACGUUGGGACGAAGUAUAACGGAGUUGCUGAAUUGGAAGGAUGCGGCUUUGAUGGUUGUUGACGCUGCAAAAGCGAUGUGUGAUUCCGUGAUUAAAGACCUGAAAUGUAAUGAGGUUAAUAAUGAGUUUAAUAAAAAGCUUACUGAGAUUAGUGUAAAGGCUGGAGAGCUUUAUCAGUUUUAUGAGGCGACGAAGGAAAGGCUUGAAAAGGUUGUUAGAGAAUCCAAGGCAGCGAGUGACAGGCUAAAGCUUAUUAAGGAUGAUGUUAAGAGCCGUCUAAACAGUAAUGUUACAAAGGCUCUACAACAGCUUAAAGAGGACUUGAAAAAACAUCAGAACGUUAUGAAGCUUCGGCAAGAAAUCCAAAAGCUAAAUGGCGAUGCAAAUAUAUGCCUUAAUGCUGGCAGUUUUGCGGCUGACAAACACAUUAAGAUUGAGGAUAUCAACGUUGAUAAGGUCAUAAAGCCGUGGCUCGAAAAGGUCGACCUGAAUGGUCCACUCAUUACCGCCUUUAACGAUGGUGUCCAAUCUCUUGACGGCGCAAUACAGCGGGAGAAAACAGUUCAAGUACUUGGCAACGCAACCGACACAAUUACGGUGCCUGAUGUUAACAAUGUUACUCAACACGGUAACGAAAUCGGCACUGCCGUAGCAGGUAUGAGACGGCGCCUUGGUGAAGUUUCCGAAAUGGUGGAGAAUAAGAGAGAUGACAAAAAUACAAUUAAACGUGUGUUGGAAGAUAUGACAAGUAUUAUUACUCAUAAUAAAAAUGGUGAUGUAGAACUUAAAGCCAAAUAUUCAUUUCCCAUGGCCGAAUUAAACGUAAAGGGCCUCGCAAGAAUGCAGGACGUACUUCAACGUGAAAAUGGUAAGCUUCCCACCCACACAGGCACAAUCCACUCAGCCGUCCAAGCAAUUAAGGCGCGACUCACAACACUUCAAGGUGAGUUGCAGAAUGGCGCAGUUCCCAAUCCAAAGGGAACUGGAAUCCUUGACAAGUUGAAGGCGCUGGAAACAACGAUCGGCAGUGGCGACCGACAAGAUGGUGAUGACAGUAUUGGUCAACUUAAUUACAAGAUUACCAAACUGCAAAAAGAACAGAUCACUAGUGACACCAGUAAAAUUCACAAAACAAUGGAAGGCGUCCUAUCGGUAAUAACAGAGCUUGAGGGGCUGCCCGGAGAUGUUGAAGAAAAGAGAGGAGAAGUGAAGAGGCUCAUGGAGAAGUUAAACGGUGAAUUGUAUUUGCUCAAAGGUAACAUAAACUACAUCGAUGGAGAAGUUGAUAAGGCCGACAGAGCAUUGAUAGAUGCCAUGAAUGCCCUUUUCCAAUCCCUUGAAGCAGCCCGUAAUACACUGAAAGACUCAAUCAACGCACUCAAAGAAAAUCUUAUGGACGCCACCAGAGGCGCUUUCCAAUGCGUAAUCAACGAUGUCCGCUCCCUCUUCACCAACCAAAAACUCGCCGACCUCUCCGCGCUGCACAAACUGGUCGAACGCCAAGCCAAAAAGAUCGCAAACAUCAUUUUCAGUGAUACGACCAACGGCCUCAAAGGCUUUUUGAAUACCCUGAGCGGUCACCUUGAAACAUAUAUUGAUCCGUUUAGAUACCCCGAUGUAAAGCAAUUCUCGCAGGCAUUCCAAACAUAUUUUACUCCAAUCUACGAGUAUACCAAAUACCAACUCCUUCCAGACACUAAGCCCCCAACCACUGCCACUCCCGUCCCACCCCCAAUCUCCGGCGGCGGUUACAGAGCGCGGCCGGCAACGGCUACAAUGAAAGAAAUCUCCGAAAUCGCAAACCCACCAGGGCGUGCUGGAAUGGGCAAUACGUCUCAGUCUCCAAAUCCAUCCCCUCCCACCAGCCAGCCAUCUCCCUCCCCGUCCGCCAAGAAUCCCAUUGAGAAGUUCUUCGAGGACCUUAAUGUGCAUACUCUGGGACUUUUUACCGUGAUGCACGAAGGCAAAUUAGGUCACAAGGCUUCAAGUAGAUGUGAUCUAUUCACAAACUUCCUCGACACCAUGCGUCCUACAAAGUUCGCCGAGCACGACAGUCCCCUACUAGAUGUCCUAAAAUCCGGUCUUCAGGAUUUCCUCGGGGAGAUUGGCAAAGCGUACGUGAAUACGUACGAGGGUCAUCCGUAUAAAGUUGACUUUUCGCGGGAGGCUGAUGGAAAGAAUUGCGCCAAGGCCUUUCUCACCCUUUUAAACACUCUGCAAGACGAUUUGACAACCUUGAAACAACGAUGUGACCAUCCGUCGCCUAAAAGUAAAAUUGAUUUGUCGACCGGUCUGGGAGAAUUAUUCGAGUCGUAUGGGUACGUUGUAUCCAAGCGAGAUAAGCAGAAUGGUGAGCUGCGGAACCAUGAUGAUCGGAAAGGUCAAUACAUUCAUGAUACGCUACUUGAGACGCCAAUUAAGGGUGUCGACAAAAUCACUUCACACCUUAAAAUAUGUAUAUCAAAAGAAAACAACAUUAACCUAUUCGACAUACUUAAGUGUCUCACUAGCCACGUCACCACGUUUAACGAAGUGUGUCACCUAGGCACUUUCUCCGCGAAGAGGUCACCAUGUUCCGUCUACGAAAUGCUUGCGUGGUGCUACGGUCUGCAGUACAACGGUGCUUACAACAAAAUGAAGUUGCAUUAUCAAGCGUUCCUUAAGAAACAACAAGAGAAGGAAGAAAAGGAACGAUCGGAAGGUAAAACAAACGAAACUGAUAAUAAGAAAGACAUUUAUUUGAGAGGCGUAAUGGGCAAGCUAGCAAAGCAUGGAUUGCCUGAAUUAUCCAGAAACUCACGUAACAUCCUCACCACUGUACUCGGGCAUGGUGACGAGGAUACAAUGUAUGCCUCUGACUUCGCCAACAAUAAACUUAAUUUGAAAUAUCCUAAUUCAGGAGAAGAAUGUUUGCAUACAUUGCUUGAUAUAUUACGUAAAUUAUUCCCGCCACUUAGAUAUUUGCAAACUCGGUGUCAAAUAAAGACAAAGCACUCCGGUUGGCGCGAGUGCAAGUACGGUAAAAAUAUACCUACGACCAAAUCGCAGUGUAGCGAUUAUGUAAGCGGUAAAGCAAAUUGCCAACCUAGGUGCGAACCAAAUUGCCAGGCAACGCGCCGACCAACCGAUGAACCAAACUGCCAGCCAACUUCACCGUUGAUGUCAUACUUAAAUGACUGUCUACCAGGGCAUCUGCCGCAUCAAUUAAGCAGUGUAGGAUGUGCGUCUGUAUGCUUAACGUGUCCAAAGGCUGUGAAAGGUAUGCCUUGUCUCACGCCUCUCGGGUUCAGAAGUUUCUCUGGCUCCACAAGGACAGGUAGAGAUAUAUGUAAAAUCCUAUCCACAUUCUUUGAUGAUGCUGAACUUAGAUCCGUACUCUGUCUCGUUGCCAAACCGCCCUCCACCUUACCGGAGCAUUUCGGUUUCGCCUUGUCGCUUGCUAAUGACUGGCAUAAUGCUCGUCAUUCCAUAAAGGAUUCCUUGGAGAAAUCAAUCAACGACCGCUCCAUUAGCCUAUAUGAGAAUCCCUCCAAAUUCACCAACGCACUUCGUGAUAUUUUUAAUAGUAAACACAACACUCAUCCAGAUAAAAAUCAUCUUACUCAAUAUGCUGACUUGUCAAGUCUGACCAUAGCAACGCCGUGUAACGUUGCCGAUGUUCACUGCGCUCCUUACCUAUAUACGUUAUGCACCGAUCAAUACAGUAACCUGGCCACCACGCAUUCGGACGCAUACUUAUCGUGGGCCGUUUACCUGCCUUGGACAUUUUGGAAUUACCUCGAAUGUCUAUACAAUGCUUUCAAGGAAAUCUUCUGCCAAGACUGGGGAUGUCGUACGUGCUUGCAUGGUAAAUGUAAGCGUGGACAGCAUGGCCUCAGCGAUGAAGAGAGUAAACAACCUCAUUGUCAAUGCGGUUCCAUGGUACAAUGCAAAGGUGUCUCCUCAACACUAUACCAAUGUGGUUUCACAUUCGGCGACGCAUUAACGUUGAAUGAUGAAAAAUCACCAAAGCAGUGUUCAGAUUUCUGUACCCAACUACGGAAUAUCCUUGAUUCAGAAUAUUUCAAGGAUCUGUUUGAAGAGUGCGACAAUUUCCUGAAAGAAAUCAGAUGGCCGUUUAUGCUAACGUUGUUAGCCCUCUGGUCGCUGUCGCUGCUCUACCUGCUGCACAUCACCGUCGUCCGCCUCGACGUCCUGAGGAUCCGCUCCCACCUGAGAUCGCCCUCAAGCCACCGCAUCGCCGCGCAGUCGCUCCUCGCCGCCGCACGCGAUGCAAGGGAAAAAGCCUUGGAUGAUAUUGAUGCCCGUCGUAUCUCUCUUGGUCAGCUUGCUGGACAGCUUUCGGGUCUUAUUGGCGGUGGGAAAGAAGUUACGGAGGCUAUUAGUGCUGCAAUUACCUGUGUUAAAGAACAGAUUAAAAAGUGUGAAGAGUGUCAAGAACUUUCGAAAAAUCGUACGGAAAGUCUUAAGGAUCCACAGUCUUGUCACUGUCCUGAACAUGAAAAAAUAAAUGACCUUCAGAAGAAACAAGAAAAAAUUGCUCAGCAACUUGAUAAUCCUGCAACAACAUUAUUAAAUAACCUCUGCACAGGCCUCGAAAAAUUUCUCGGCCACAGUAAUGGUAAUUACACUGGCACUGGCAUCGUGUACUCGGACCUUGACAGGCUGUGCGACGGGGUGAUGUCUUUCCUUCAUGGAGUUCUUGAAAGUGUGAAAGAUGAUGAGAGCGUUAAGCAUUAUUUUUCUACUGAUAAAAUGGACAAGGUUCUUCAAGAAAUCAAGACAUCUAUGCAUCAAAAAGGUGCGCUGCGGGAGUGGGAGGAGAAGGUGAAGAAACACACUAGCACAUUUACAACCACUUUAGAUCACUUAAAAGAUAACAACUUCGACUAUAUUAAUAAAUCACUUAAGAAGCUUAAUGAUGUAUAUGGCGAUUCACUUCGUAAUGUACCUGCACUGUUGCAGACGUGCUUCGAUGAAGCCAAACAUCUUCAUGAUGUCUUCAAGUUGACAGAAACCUAUUAUAUGGAUCUGGAUCCGACAUUAAAAGAUAAGUUGAAGGUUUUAUUUGAUUAUAUAAAUUUGCAGGUCAAGGAGUUCGCGGCUGCGGCACAGAACACUGAGCUGAAGCAGCUGCUAGUGUUUAGCGAAGAGCGGGCAAAGUUGCUAGAGAAAACGGUGAAUGAUAAAGUGAAGUACCGCACAAACCAGUUGGGAUCGGACAUAAAUGAUGCCUUCGAAAGGCAGAUUGGGAAGCCAAUUGAUGAUGUGAAAGAGAAGUUGACUGCAGUUCAUGCUGAUUUGGGUAAGUGGAUUGUGGCGGCGGAGAAGUUUAUUCAAAUGAUUCAUAAUCAGGUUGAUGAUAUUAUUAAUGAAGUCAUGUCCAGUGCAGCAAAUCCUUGUGGAAUUAGCACAGCAGCCGGUAAGUUAAAGGAGGAUGCUGUUAAAUUGUACACUGAAAUGCAGGAGGCUCACGGGUAUAUUGCUGAAAGGGUGCAGAGUGCUUUAGGUGUAGUGGAUGCAGCACUUAAAACGGCGGUAAUGAGUGAUUUGAAGCAACUAAGGGAUAAAAUAAAACAGACUGUUGGAGAGCAUAUUAGGUACGCGUCGAGUUUUGAAAAUAAACUCAAGGAUGCGAUUGAGACAAUGGUAACUAGCAUGGUGAAUGAGAAAGGCGGGGCUGUAGAUACGUAUGUUGGGAAGUAUGUCAUUGACAAAGGAAAUUCCAGUCUAUUGAAUGGAAAAGAGAACGAUAUUAAAGCAGCCAUUUUGCACUACCUCCCAGAUAUUAUUAAGCAACUAGUUGAGGAGAGUGCCGGAAAGGCUGGCCUUUCAUCCACUGCCGAGUUUAGCCAGAUUGGUAGUAGCUUGCAAGAUUUUGCCAAACGCUUUGGGAAGCAAAUUAAAAGUGAACUUAGUGGGAAGACCAAGCUUGAAGAGAUUGCCGAGCAGAUCGCAGAGGAAAUAAAGAAUUUCUUGGAAGCGUCCAAGAUAAGUAACCUGGCACAGGCUAUAGAGAGUGUUAAAACACUUGGAGAAAAGCUUGAGAACGCCGUUACUAGAGCUGUUGUUCCCAGUACUGGCGCAUUUAAAGAAAGACUUAAGGCGCAGGCUGAGGGACUUAUUGGGACUGAAUAUGGUAAUGGCAGUGGAGAUUUUAAAACGGCAAUGGAUUUACGCCGACUUACGACACUGCGAAACUUCAGGUCACUCAGCCUUUAG